ACGGAAGGUGGCUCUGGAGCGGGUCAACCAAAUUUUACAACAGGAGGAUCCACCUCCUCAACUUCGGUUGCUGUCGCAGCGGCUGCCUCAUCGCGUGUAGCUGUAGGCAGCACAACAACUACAACAACUAGUACGACUUCAGCGCAGACAACUCUGAAACCUUGCUUGCUUCGAGAUUUGAGCAACGUUUUCAAGGAAUUUGAAUCGGCAAAGCAACUGUCCAAAGGUUGCGUCACGCGACACUUGUCGAAGUGGAGCCAUGUAGUGGACGAGCGUGCUCGACAAGCGCUUUUAGACUGGGCGACGAAUUUUCGCAAGGCUGCUGGAUUCCUCGCGACCGUUCGAGAUUUGAGACGUCAUUUCGUUGCCUAUUUCGGUGUCAGAGACGUUCCGGGACGGAUGGUUGUGGAUGAGCUUCACCCCGAUCAUGGCAGCACUGUUAAUAUCGGCCAUCAUGGUGGAGCGGACGGGCACGGGACGACAGCGCAUGGGCAAGCAGGAGCAGAGGGAAGUAGUUCGCAGGAGCACUUGCGCCACGGAGGUGUCGCUGGAGGCGGUGGUCCAGCGGCUGCAGGCAGCUCAGAUCCAGCACACGGAAGCGGCCAAAACCAGGAUCCGAAUCUGACCUUGCCAGCCCUGCGCGUUUUUCAAGCCUUGGAUCAAUUAGAAGAGUUGUAUUCGCAGAUGAAGCAUCAAGAGCAGCAACAACGCAGUGGUGCCCGUCGGGGUGGAGGGCAACACCAGGCUAUGUACAGUGCUACUACUGCUAGUACUCGUGACCUGGUGCGUCUGGAUGUUUUCUCCCUCCCGCUGUCUGGCGCUGAAACGUACGAUGGUGUUGCCUUUAAAGUCGAUUUUGCCUGGAAGGAGCAUGAUGGCGCUGAUUACCACUACCAGCGUGGAGCUGCAGCGGCCGGCGCUGAUUCGCGGGAGCACUCAAGUGCGCCGCCAGGAGGGACGCAAACGUUGUGGGAUACGGUAGCAAUCGGUGGCCGAUUCGAUUCUAUGUUGCGCCGCGCUCUCCAGGUGGAGCAAGGAGUGGAUGUCUUCGAGGUGGAGAGUGACCCAACGGGCUGUCUCCUCAACAGCGUCAGCACAAGCCUCUCGUAUCCGUCGUUCUGCGGCAUUUCCUGGUCGUUAUCCAAGUUCGUCGAGAGCGCACGGCUUAGCGCUAUGGACGUGCUGGCCUCCCCUUUCGCUUUGAUCGGGUGCGUGUCCCCUACUUGGGGUGCUCCCGACUCCGUGCCUGGCCAGGCCCUCCGAGCAGAGCAGCUGAAGCUGGCGUCUUGCCUCUGGGCCGAGGGCAUUUCGGCCGAUGUUUACCCUGGGCAUGCGUCGAAAACGGAGGACAUUCUCGAAUGGGCACAGACGCGUGGCGUACAAGCGAUAUUGAUCAUGCGCGAAAACCAAGUUCUGGUGCCUGACACAGACCAGGAAGGGCCAGACCAGGUUUCAACAACGGAUCAUGGAUCCGGCACAGGAGAUCACGGUAGCUCAGGAGUUCAAGGACAUGGAUCGGCAGCAGGAGCGGGAGCAGGACCAGGUGGGUCGUCAACAUCGCUGGACAACAUCGCAGGAGGUUCAACAACUGGAGAUUCCGGAGACUUCUUUGGCGCGGUUACUGAGAAUCUAGAGGAUGCGCCGUCAGCAAGAUGGCUACGAGAGAUUCUACGACGACAUGUCGCCAGCGAUUACAAGAUCACGCUUCGUUUCGCCAGUUCAACGCAACGCGACCAGCAAUUCCUCCGGAGUGAAGUUGUCAAAUACCUGCAGACGCACCAAGCACGGUCUAACAAAACUAGUGCAUGGUAGCGACCCGAGGAGACGCCGCAUGCAUCAUUUUAAUGCUAUGGUUGCCAUAUACAUCUUCUAAUGGAUGCUAUCCAGAAGUACAUGAAUCAUGACUAUAGAUACUAGAAGUAACACUCGCAAGGUCAAGUUGUUUUUGUUGCCAGCCACAAGUAACUAGAAAGAAGUACAACAAGAAUGAAAAGAAUGAAAAGACAUCAUCAAAUAUUUACAAAGUAGAACCGAUACGCGAUUCGUGACACUAUUAUCAACGCAACCAUACUUUGACAUUGACUUUCAUGAUACUACAUUAGCUGUUAAGCAGAUUUAAUAGGAGUUUGGCCUGAGCCUAAAAACGGGCAGAUGAUAGCACUUGAGAUUGUGCUCGUGCCGCAUGAGAAGAUUGUGAUCAGU